GCAACUUCUCUUUCACCUCACCCCGCCUGCCCAAUAACCUAUCGUGCCAGGCUCGGGUGCCCAACCUCCCUCCCCCAAUCCCAACGACUCGUACGAGGUGCAGCUAGAGGCUCUGAAAAAGCAGCUGGCUCACGCCGAAGCUCAGCUUGACGAAGCGCGAAUCGUUGCGAACAAGCAGGACGAGCAUGUCAAGACCCUCGAGGAUGACCACAAAGAGCGAGAGAAGACCUUUGGGGAACGUGAGUCCACCUUGUUGCAAGACAAGAAGGACCUUGAGGAGCACAUGGUCAGCGUUGUUGUACAGCAAGUUCGUGAAGCCAAAACCAAGGAGCGUAGCUCUGUUCGCGCCGAGUGUGAAAGUGAGUUUGAGAGCAAGUUGGCGUCUUCUACUGCCGAGCAUGAGGCCCGUGUCACCGAGCUCCAGACUGAAAUCGACGGCCUGAAGAGCGAGAUUGAGAAGCUCAAGAGCACCAUCGCAGACCUCGAGAGCAAGACCGGCGAUUCAGCACCCAAGGCCGAGCUCGAAUCCAAGGACAAGGAGAUUCAGGAUCUGACCGAAAAGAAGAGCACCACCGAGCAGUCGCUCGCUAAGGCUACCGCCGAGCUCGAGCAGCUUACUGCGGAUAAGAAGAGCGCCGAUGAGCUUCUCGCCAAGGUCAACGCUGAGCUCGAACAGCUUCGUGCCGACCAGGCCUCCCUCAUUCCCCGCACCGACCUCGAUGUUAAGGACGAAACCAUUGCUGCCCUCACUGCGGAGAAGGAGGCUAGCAGCAAGAACGUUGAGCAGCUUCAGGGCGAAGUUGAUUCGCUGAAGAAGCAGAUCGAAGAAUUCCAAGCCAACCACGCUGACGCCGACGAAAAGCUCAACGCUCAAACCGAGGCCCACAACAAGUUGUCUCAGGAGCACGAGGCCCGCGGCCUUAAGCUUUCGGAGCUCGAGUCUUUCCACGCUUCUGCAUCUGAGGAGCACAGUGCUAAGAUCUCCGAGUUAGAGAAGGCACUCGCUGGUGCAAAGGAGGAGCUAUCGAGCCGUACUUCUGACUUGGAGGCGGCCCAGAAGGAACUCGCUAGCAAGUCCGAAGAAACCGACAAGGCCAGCAAGGAAGCUGCCGCUAUUAGCGACUCGAGCAAGAGCGAAAUUGAGACUCUCAAGAAGCAAAUCAGCGACCUCGAAGAGAAACUUGCCGCUGCGGACGCGUCGAAGGGCGAUGCUGACGAGUUGUCUACAAAGCUCUCGAAGUUGGAGGCUGACCUCAAGGAGGCACAGGACGCUCUUGCCACCAAGACAUCCGAGCUGGAGAGCCAGAUUGCCACUCUCACCACCGAAAAGAGCGGCGCUAUUGAGGCUGCCGACAAGGCCAGGAGCAGCGUUGACACAUUGACUGCCCAGAUCACUGACUUGGAGAAAUCUUUGAAGGAUGCUCAAGAAGGCCUUGCCGCUAAAGAGGAGGAACUUUCGAAUGCAAAGGCAACCGCUUCGAAGGCUUCCGAGACAUCAGCUGCCCGCGUUGCUGAGCUUGAGGAUGCCCUUGCUAAGGCCAAGAGCGAUGCCGAGAGUGCUACCGGCUCCGCAGAUACUCGUGUAUCCGAGUUGGAGGGCUCUCUCAAGAAGGCCCAGGAAGAUCUUGCUGCUAAGGAGCAGGAGCUCCAGAAGGCACAGGGCGACGCAUCGGCGGCCUCUGAGACUUCUUCCAAGAAGGUUUCUGAGCUUGAGCAGUCGCUCAAGGGGGCACAGGAUAGCCUUGCGGCAAAGGAGAAGGAAGUCGAGAGUGCUCGUGCCGACUCAGGCAGCGCUACCGAAGUCGCAUCCGCCAAGAUCGCUGAUCUCGAUAAGCUUCUGAAGGAAGCCCAGGCCAACCUGUCUCAGAAGGAGUCGGAGGUGAAGGCUGCACAAGAAGAAGCUACCAAGAGUGUUGAAAGCUCAUCCUCGAAGAUCAGUGAGCUUGAGAGCUCCCUGAAGAAAGCAGCCGACGAUCUCGCUGCUAAGGAUGCGGAGGUAUCAGCCGCAAAGGCUGACGCACAGAAGACUUCUGAGUCGUCAGUGUCUCAGGUCCAGGAAUUGGAGAAGAAGCUUGCUAGUGCCGUUGCGAACCUGGAAAGCGAGCAGGCAAAGAGCUCCGCCGCCCAGGCAGAUGCGGACAAGCUGAAAGAGACUACUAGUGCUCAGGUUGCGGAACUUCAGAAAAGCCUCGAGGCUGCGAAGAAGGAAGCCGCUGAUGCUACCGAGUCUGCCAAGGGUGAGACUUCUGGUCUGCAGAGCAAGGUCUCGGACCUGGAGUCGUCGCUGAAGAGCAAGGAUGCCGAGCUUGCCAAGGCUGUCGAUGCUAGUGACAGCGCAAAGACCGAGUCAACUGAACUGUCCAAGAAGAUCUCAACUCUUGAGAAGGAACUGUCUGAAGCCCAGCAAGUCGCCAAGUCCUCCAGCAGCGAAUCCUCCGAGAAGAUUGCCUCUCUCGAGAAGGAGCUUGCUACUGUCAAGGCUUCCAGUGGUGAAUUCUCCGAGAAAAUUGCUUCUCUGGAGAAGGAGCUGGUUGCUGCUAAGCAACAAGCCGAGCAAGUCGAAAACCUUCAGGCCUCACUCAAGAGUAAGGAUGAGGAGCUUUCUAAGGCGCAGGAAGCAGCCGAAUCGUCUAGCACCAAGGCCAACGAACAGAUUGCUUCUUUGCAGAAGGACCUUGCCUCCAAAGAAGAGGCUCUGAAGGACGUCGAGAAGCUUAAUAGCCGCAUCGCCGAAUUGGAAGCUGCUCAACAGACUAGCAUCUCCGCACAGGAAGAGAGCAAGGGCCAAUUGACAGCUGCACAACAGGCUCAGGCCGACGCUGAGAAGGCGCUUGAGACAACAAAGAUUUCCCUAUCUUCGACCCAGGAGGAACUUACCACUCUUCAGAAGUCUAACGGCAGCCUUGAGACUGAGCUGCAGUCGGCUAAGGCGGACGCAUUCAAGGCAGCUGAGCUACAGAGCCAACUCGACAAAGUUUCAGCUGAACACGAUACUGCUUUGAAGGAGGCGGAAUCUUCCCACGAGGCUACGAAGAAGGAUCUUGCGAGUGCAAAGGCGGCUCACGACGAUGCUGUCAAGAGUGCUACCGCUGCACAGGACGAGGCUAAGGCCAGCCUUUCUUCUGCUCAAGAAGAACUCAAGGCUGCCAAGUUGGCGCAAGAGAAGGCCGAGCAGUCACUGGCAGAUGAGCACAGCGCUGCUACCGAUAGCAAGGCCCGCGCCGACGCCCUGGCCAGUGACAUUGCCGAGCACAAGGCUGUUGCCGAGAAGGCAGCAUCUGAGAAGGCUACAUUCGAGGAGCAAAUCAAAGCAAACGAUGCAAAGGUCGCUCAACUGGAAUCUAGCAUUGCAUCUGUUACCAAGGAGAAGGCUGCAAACGACGCAAAGGUUUCAGAGCUCGAGGCUCAGCUUGCCGAGUCGCAAAAAGCGACCGAAUCAGCAAAGGCCAUUGAAGAGCUCAAGAAGGAGUCUGACUUGAAGGUCAUUGAAGCCACCAAGGCCCUUGAACUGUCGCAACAGCAGACAAAGGAGGCCGAGGAGAAGGCAGCAGCCAGCACCAAGGCAGUUGACGAGGCCGUUGCUGCCCGCAAAGCUCAAGAAGAUAAGUCCGCGCAGAUCGAGGCUGAGCUCGCUACCCUGAAGGCUUCCAGUGAGGCUAGCACAACCGAGCAGGACACCCUGAAGAAAGAACUCGAAGAGUCGAAGAAGCGUGAGGAAUCUCUCAAGACCCUCAACACCUCGGUCAUGGAGAAGAUCAAGGAGAAGGACGCCAAGAUCGCGGAACUGACAGCUACGGUGGCCGAGAAGCCCAAGGAGAAUGGUGUCAAGGCUGAGGCUACCGCCGAGGCUUAGACCUUGUUCGUCUUUGAUGAUUCCUGAAGGGAGACUGUACAGACUGCUGUUUUGUUUUCGCGUUGUGUGGCAUUAUACCCCGUCUGGUCUGCAUCGUUGCGUGACUGAGCGUAAGAUCGUGCUGGUCGGAUGAUUAUCGAUG